UUCACCUCCUCUGUGAGGCUUGUCCAAGAUGUGUAUUGCCUGUUGGUCUGCAGCUUGUUUCAAGAGCACACCAUACUAUAGACAAAAAGGGUCAUAAUGUUUUAUUUCCGCCAGUUAAUCUUGGCAGUCACAAAUCAGCAGAGUUCUUACCAUUCACAGCUGCUCUUGAAAAACAGAUGGCAAGAGAAAGAAUUUGUAAUGAAGGACUUCCAGUUUCAGAAGUAUACGAAUGCAGUCAGGAAGAUGGAAUCAAGGUUUUGCCUCCUAAGUCACCAAAAAGUAUGCCUGAAUGGCAAAGAGUAGCUGAGUUUUAUGUUGAAAAACCUCAACUAGCAUUGUUAGGAGAGAAAGUUAAACUUCAUCCAGGAUCUCUCAAAAUGUUUUGGACACCAGCUCCACAGAAAUUUUCUGCUCCUCUCUCUGUUAUGAAGGAAACCUUAUUUUCAAAGUAUGAGAGCAAUAUGAUUAAUGGGGUUAUUUGUGAAAACUUUUCCUGUGAUCUUCGAGAGGAAGAAGAAUCAGAGUCUGAGGAUGACUUCGAUAAUUUGCUUUCUAAUGUUAAAGUCAGUGGAAGAUGUCAUUCGUGUCCAGGAAUUUUACUUUCUGAACGGGAACCAUCAGAGAUACCAAAACCUUUGUUUUCCAGGAGAGUGGUGCAACAUACGUCUAUUUCUGUUGGAAAGCUUCCUAUACAUAAUAAAUACUGUAUCAAAGUAUCACGAGCAGUUCAAUGUUAUCGAAGUCCCAGCCUCCCUUCUAAGUUAGAUUUUGAAAAAUUUGCAGAAAAGCAAAAGAAAAUGCCAGAAGACACCAAUGACUAUCUUUGGGCGAGAAAAAUCUGGAUUAAAUGGUUUGAUGAACGAUACCCUCCCAGUAGGCAAUCUCCUGAAGAUAAACCAAUGUCAGGCAAAAAGGACAUGGAGGAGGAAACAAAGGAUAAAGAAUUAACUGACUCAGUAAAUCCUCUCUUGGAGGAAAAAACAGAUGAAUUUGACCAGUGUCAAUCUGAAAUUGAUGGAAUAACCCAACAGAUAGAAGAAGGAAGAUGUCCUGCAUUUAACUAUUGUAGGCGUGGAGCAAUAUACAGGAAAAUAGGCAAAAUGAAGGCAGCUAUGGAUGAUUUGGAAAAAGAUGCUGUAGCCAGUUUUCAACAGGCAUUGAAGCUGCUGACUGGUAGUGCAAAAUCUCUGCCUAAUACGUUUGAGGCUGCAGAAAUUUGCUUUUUCAUGGGCCAAUGCUAUAUGGAGCAAGUCUCUUUAUUAGAGGCCUGUGAUGCUUUUACUUCUGCUGUCAGGCUAUAUCCACGUUAUGCAGAUGCAUUUUAUCAGCGAGGGCUGUGCAGAAUGCAGCUCCAGCAACCUAAGUGCAUAUUAGAUUUUAAUAAAACACUUGCUGUACAACCAAAACAUUUUCAGGCAUAUUUAAGUCGUGCAGCUUACUAUGGAAGCAAAGAAAGAUACUCUAAGGCAAUAAUGAAUUGUACUGAAGCCAUCAAAAUUGAGCCUAAAAGCGUGAGAGCCUAUCUCUAUAGAGGAGCACUGAAAUUUCAUAAUAGGACCUACAAACAUGCCACUGAAGAUUUAACUAAAGCUAUAGACCUAGACAAUGCUUGCAUUUUGGCAUAUUACAAUAGGGGACUUUCCUACCACCUGUUGAAGGAUAGCAGAAAGGCUUUGAAAGAUUACGGGAUUGUUCUUCUUCUGGAUGCAAACAAGGAAAUUGUUUUGAAAGUGUUGAUCAACCGUGCAUUACUCUAUAUAGAUUUGGCUCAGUAUGGUAAUGCACUAGAGGACUUUGCACAGGUAGCACUGAGUAAACCAAAAGACAGUCAACUAUUUAAAGCCAUUGGACUCUGCUGUCAUAGCACCCUCCGGUGGCAUAUCCUCCCAGCUGACUCCCGGCCGUUUUCAAACCCUGCUAGAGUCUUACCCGGAACCUCGCGACAGCCCAGCUCUGCGAGACAACCCGGUGACAAUACUGAUGCUCCACUACCCUCUCCUAACCCAUAUGAGGUGGUCAGGGGUAGAUUGGACGUAGAACAAUCUCAGUCUGAUGACUACAUGAACGUUUUUCAGACUGACCUGGAUGAAUGGAGUGGGGAAUCUGACCAGGAGGAAGAGAUCUCCUAUCGCCUGUUUGACCUGGCGGAUUUCUCUCGUCUGUCACGUAGAGAAGGCGAAUCACUGUUCAAGGACCCCUAUCAGAGGAGGCUUGACUUUGUCUUCCGUAAGAUCCAUGAGGCCUCCGCUCAUUCCAUCCGGGCCUCUUCUACUGCCUCUAUCUUCUCAUGGGCUUCCAUGAUGUGGUUAGAGGAUAUCCUUGACGAACCCAACCCGGAUCCCGCCAAACUAAGGAAAGGUAUCCUCAAGAUACACAAGGCUGCUGCCUUUGUGGCCGACGCCACAUUAGACGCUUCCCAUCACGGUGCACGCGCCCUUGCAGCCGAAAUUGUAGCUCGUCGUACCCUAUGGCUCCAACAUUGGGACGCCGACUCGACUGCCAGAACCAACUUAUCCUUAGCUCCAUACUCGGGAAAUAUGCUCUUCAGUGAGGACACUCUCAAAGCAGUCCUUGUCGACCCCAAGGACAAUCGUAAACCUGCACUAGCUACGGCCAAAAGAGACAACCGCAGACCCGGACGAUGGUUUACCCCUUACCGUUCCUUCCAACCCUUUCGGAGAGGACGACCCGGUGGACGAGGACGGGACACCAGGCCUACAAAUUUCCAUCCCUUCAAGGCACCCUGGUCCAGACAACGAUCACAAUACAGGGGCCAAUACCAGAGCAGACUUCAGAAAUAUGAAGACGCUGUGCAUUCAUUUUCCAUGGUUCUUAAACUAGAUCCUUUUUCUCUGGAUGGCUAUAUUGGACGAGGAAAUGCAUACCUGGAAUAUGGUCAUGAGGAAGGCACCGAACAAGCCCUGAAAGAUUUCUUGAAAGCAAUACAUCUAAAUCCUGUGUGCAUAAAGACCCGACUUUGCUUAGGAUACAGUUUGCAGGCUCUUGGAAAAUUUCAGAAAGCUUGGUCCCAGUUUACAACAGCCAUUUAUAUUGAUCCUACAUGUCACAUUGCUUAUGAUGGGCGAGCUGUAGUCUGUCUUCAGAUGGGUGAUACUUUUGCUGCCUUUCAAGAUACAAAUGCUGCACUGAAGAUAACUACAAAUGCAGAGUUGCUUACAAAUCGAGGUGUCAUUAAUCAGUUUAUGGGAUAUUUGAAUUGUGCUAUGAAAGACUACCAUCAGGCUAUUACCAUUGACCCUAAUUAUGCUUUGGCAUAUUUCAAUGCAGCAAAUAUCUACUUUCUUAACAGGCAGUUCUCACAGGCAAACGACUAUUAUUCCAAGGCACUGAUGCUUGAUCCAAAAAAUGAAUCUGCAUUCUUGAAUCGAGCUAUUACAAAUACUCUGUUAAAAAACUUUGAAGAAGCAAAAGCAGAUUUUGAGAAGGCAAUUUGCCUUUCUCCUUUCUCUGCAGCAAUAUAUUUUAACAAGGCAAAUCUCUACAGUACAUUACAGCAAUAUGAACAAGCUGAGGAGGACAUUUCAAAAGCACUGUCAAUUCAACCAUAUGAUUCUCUGAUGUAUAAGCUCAGAGCUGAUAUUCGUGGCAAGAUGGGUUUGAUUAAAGAAGCUAUUGCUGAUUACAGGAAAGCUAUCAGUAUCCAAGAACUUAUCAGCACUGGAUGAAAAUAUAUUUUUUGAUAUAUAGUUACACGAUAGCUGAUAUUAUGGUCACUUUUCCUGUUUAUUUUGAAGAUC